AUGCCUGCUCCGACCACUACCCUCCUCAUUGAGGGUUCUUUCUCCGAGCUCGCCGAGGAGUUUACCCAGUACAUCGAUGCCGUUCGCAAAGAGGGUAGCCUCCAGUCGGAGAUCGCCCCGCUCCUCGAGCCACUCCGCGAGCAAGAAACCGCCAGCCAGGAGCCUGAUCUGAAGCAGCGCGAUGAGGUCCUUAAGAAGAUUGUUGGUGCCGCGACCGCCUUGAAUGCUGCUCCCGAAAAAGAGAUCAUUCCUUCAUACAACCUGCUUGUGCACCUUGUGCACCAGUCCUCCAACCCUGAUAUGUUCCUUCCUCGCAUCUGCACGUAUCUCGCUAAGCCUAUCACCACCUCCCCCCAAUUCGGCCCUACCCUGGCCAUCUCUAUCCUCACCACCAUCUUCAACACUUUGCCCGCCACUGAAUCAAGCCGGUACCACGUUCUCCUCGCCAUUGUGGCCGUGAUCCGCCAGUCUGCAUCUGGAUACGCCUUCGAGGCCUUGAGGCCACAACUCGUUUCGCAGCUGCCCACAUGGUUGUCCGAGUGGGAUCUAGAGAAUGAGGAGGCUCAGAAGUUGCACUUGGCAAUCGCUGAUGCAGCUACUGCCGCUGGCGAUGAUGACCUGGCUCAGUCGCACGUCAUGCAGGCUCUGCAGACCAUUUCCGCAGCUGAUUCUAGCAAGCCUGCCGCUCGUGAUCUGGCUGUGCGCGCUCUCGCUUCUGCGCUGCGUCGCCCCGGUGUCUUCGACUUCAACUCUCUGACCUCAUCUGACGCUGUCCAGGGCCUCCGCUCCAGCGAUAGCACCCUGUUUGAGCUUUUGGAGAUUUUCACCUCGGACACUCUCGAUGCCUACGAGGAGUUCAUUUCCGCCAACCCUCUCGCUUCUAUCUCUGGCGGUGUUCUCGCUGAAUCCGCCGAUGCCCUCCAGACCAAGUUGCGUCUGUUGACUCUGACUUCGCUUGCAGCCUCUACCCCAUCCCGCUCGCUCGCCUAUUCCGCUAUUUCAUCUGCUCUGCGUGUUCCCGCUACCGAAGUUGAGGUGUGGGUUAUCAACACCAUCCGCGCCGGUCUGGUCGAGGGUAAGCUUUCGCAGCUGCGCCAGGAGUUCCUCAUCCACCGCGCCACUUACCGCGUGUUCGGCGAGAAACAGUGGACCGAGGUCCAGGGCCGCCUGAUGGUCUGGCGCCGCUCGCUCGAGAAUGUUCUGAAUGUUAUCCGCUCUGAGCGUGAGCGCUUCGUCCGCGAUGGCAUUCAGGCCGCCGCAGACCAGGAGGCCACUGCAGCUCAAAACAAGAACGGCGACAAGGGCCGCACCAUGGAGCGGCGGCGUCUGCCGACACAGUCCUCGCAACCGCGCGAGGUCGAGGUUGUUAGCGAGUAA